GAACUUUCCAUCCCAACCCUCUACCGGGUGGGCAUUGUCGUGUAGGAGACCUUCUGCUGUCUCAAUGCCUACCUUCUAAUGCUGUGCACAUUGUGGCUGUACUUUCUGGGACGUCAUCGACUACAUCGUCUACUGCUCUGUCUAUAACACACAAGCUGGCACGUUAAUGAAUCAAGAUUAGCUCCAACUGUUUCCUCUGUGUGUACGAUCUCUAGCGAUGAAAUUAGCUGCUUGUGUUGUGCAUCAUUAAGGCUUGGUCGAUGUCCCGCCUUAGGAGGAGGGACCCGCAUUGGCAGGCUGACGUCACGUUAACGUCGUCGACGGAGAUGUAAGAUGCGAAAGCUUCAUGUGGUCGGUGUGAUGUGACUUGACGGUCGGUAUACAAGCUUCAGAAGUUCAACACGGCGACUCCGGCGACGUUUAAAGAUACCACGAUGUCGAACAGCACAGACUCCACGGGACCGUUCCUGUUCCCAACACCCUCUGCAAUCACCAUAGCAACGUUCACGAGCUUCAUGGCUGUCCUGACAACGACCGAGCAUAUCCUGGUGUUCCUUGCCUUUGCCACAAACAGCUCCUUGAGGCGGUUCUCCGACUACUUCAUCCUGAACCUGGCUGUGGCGGACUUCUUCAUUGGUUGUAUUUGCAUCCCACCUUACAUUCCCUAUCUGCUGACCGGAGUAUGGGAGCCAGGCAGGGCCUUCUGCAAGAUCUGGCUCCUCUUUGACUACAUAUGCCCUGCCUCCUCCACCAUCAACAUCUGCAUCAUCAGCAUCGACCGGUACCUACAGGUAGCUUUUCCAUUCAAGUACAGAAACAAGCAAACCACGAAUCUGCGGAUAAUCAUGAUGUUGAUCCCAUGGAUUAUUUCAGGGCUGACGUACCUGCCUUCCAUACUGUUCUGGGAGAUGUGGACUGGGCUGGACACCAUUCCCCACAAAGUUUGUUUCGUGCCAUACUACUACAACUUUGAGUACGCCAUUUUCGCCUCUAUGAUCGAGUUCAUCCUGCCUUUCACUGUCGUCAUGACCUUCAACAUCCUCAUCUUCCUCCUCAUCCGUAAACGCUCCAAGGGCAUUUUUGGACAGCGCAAAGUCGAGCCUGUGAAGGUUCAGGGAGAUGCCGCAACACAGGAUUCGCAGACGGGGCCAGCAAAACCGUCCCUGGCCAAGGACAAGAAGGCAGCACGCUCGCUAUUCAUCCUUGUGCUGGUCUUUGGCGUAUGUUGGAUGCCUUACGAGGUGUGUGCGCUCAUCUCCAGCGUCUGCCCAGACUGCAUCCAUCCUGUCUUCUUCGAGUUCACUUUCUGGAUGCUGUGGAUUAACUCAACCAUUAAUCCCAUCCUAUAUCCAUUGCUACACAAGCGCUUCAGAGAGGCGUUCUUUAAGCUGAUCAGGUUCGUACCCAAAAAUCAAGCGAGGGUCGCAACGGUAGCAACAGUGCAGUAAGUGAACGACGGCGUUGGCGGUAGCCAAGGACAUGCCACAUCUGACGUUGUUUGCAGCAAAGGUGACUACAAUGCCGUAAAUGAACGACAGAGUCGACGGUACUUCAGGGCCUACGUUAACAUUGUCUUCUGCAAUGCAGGUGACAGUGCAUGAACUCAAAGACAGCGUUGGCUGUAGCCAAGGACAUGCCACAUCUGACGUUGUCUUCAUCAAAGGUGACUACAAUGCCGUAAAUGAACGACAGCGUCGACGGUACUUCAGGGCCUACGUUAACAUUGUCUUCAGCAAUGGAGGUGAAAGUGCAUGAACUCAAAGACAGCGUUGGCGGUA